AUACAAACAGGUUCCAACUGCCUGCAUUUCUGUAAAAAUUAAUAUUGAUGGAACCCUGCUCUGUGAUUUAGAUCUGGAAAUACAGCAGAGAAAUGGUGCACACCAGUCCAUCUCUGAAAAAAAUUUCUAUCAAGGAAUAAUAUCACAGAUAGCAUUGUGGGGUGCACACUCAGCAAUCGCCCUAUUGAUGACAUCAAAAUGUGCUCAAGGGCCUAUAUGGUAUACAAAAUAGUCUGCAGCAAAUGUGCAGCAUCCUACUUAGGGAACGCCAUCAGGAAAUUGCACAUCUGCAACCCAGGAUUUUAAAGUAUUCCUCUAGCCUGCCCAACACAACAAAGAAACAUGGAGGUCCUCCUUAUAAUCAAAUUGAAAUCAAUCAUUAACAGGUAGGAACUACAUGAAGCAGACUUGUUUAUAGCAACACCAAUCUGCGCAUGUCACUUUCCUUCCCUUUCUCCCCCACACAUCUGAGCAAUGACUUUUUCCAACAACCGCUUUUUUGAAACGUUCUGAAUAAGGGGUCAUAGCCCUGAACUACAGAAAUACAAGGAUCAAUUCUUGUUUGGACAUUAUUAUUGAAGGAAUUCCAUUCUUGAAAGAUCUCCACAUUGAACCUGGGUCUGCCAAGGACCAUUCACAACUUAAAACAUUUGACCAGUUACAGGAAACCUUUACACAUUAUUUCACAAAAGGCUCUGCUGCCGAAAGAACAUUCCAGGAUGUGGAAGCUUUCAAGAAAAUGGUUUCUGUGGCACAGUCACAGCCUAAUGUUCAGAAAUAUUUAGGUGGAAAUGCUUUGUUAAUGGCCAACAAAAUUGCAUUGAAUUUUCCUGAGGUCAAGGUGCAAUAUGUUGGUCCCAUUGGCCCCAGUGUCCGAGAAGCGAUGCCUCAAAACAUUGACGUUCCCAAAGAGAGCUUGCUGUCAGAGGAUGAGGUUCACCUGAUUCUAGAAUACAAAGUAGGUGAUGUGUGGGGCAACCACACCAGCAUUGUGGCUAACCGUUUCAUUCUCAACAACAACUUAGCCAACCUCAAUGAAGCCCUCAUGAAAUUCUUCUUCAGUUCUUUAGAGAUUUAUCAGCCAGAGUUGAUUGUCUUCUCUGGUUUGCACACAUUCUCAGUACAAGAUCUUGAACUCGGUGAGAGGAAGGUUAAAGAACUUGCCAAACACUUCCAGAUGCUCCCUAUCUCUGUUCCUGUACAUCUGGAACUGGCUAGCAUGACGGACCCAAACUUUGUCACAUCAUUGCUCAAAAAGCUGAUCCCACUGGUUUCUUCACUUGGCCUGAAUGAAGUAGAACUGGCACAGUUGUCAUACCUAGGCAAAGGACCUCACACCAAAGAUGGCCCUUCUCUCAUAUCAACGGACAGUUCUUCAGGUUUUGCUGUCAACCAGCCGGAAAUCCAUAAAGUCUCCGACAUAAUCUUGUGGUUAUUAAAAAACUUUGGCUACUCCAAAAAGGAUUUCCCAGCAUCCCGACUGACUCGCAUUCAUUUCCACUCCUUGACUUACCACAUUGUAGGGGUCGUGCCUGACGCCUGGGAAAACAGCGAGUCAGCAGCAGCUGCUGGCACUCAAAUAGCAGGGCGGCAAGCUUGUAAUACAGAGCGGUUGGUAUCUGAGGAUGUGAAACUAAAGAUUCCCAAAGCAUUCCGCCUACAUUCCAAUGCCGAACCACGCUCUCUUGAUGAGAAACGGCCAGUGAUAUCAUGGGAUUUGGAAGGGUAUCACUUUGUCUUCAGCCCUGUUCUGGUCUGUCAACAUCCCAAGAGGACUGUCGGUUUAGGUGAUGCAAUCUCGUCUACAGGACUGAUGUACUCAACUUUCAAAACUAAAUAUCGAUUUCAGUAGACUACAGGUUGCUGGAACUUCUUUAAAAAAAAAAAGCAAAAAAAAAAAAAAAAAAAAAGCAACUGUGAUUAUUUAAAGAAGAAAUUUAAUAUUCUUGAAAAAAAAAACCCCUACCGUUUUGUAAAUAUGAAUGUAUAUAUUGUUGGACUAAUGUUUGGGCUGAAGGAAUAUUUGUGGUAUGACUUGGUGUG